AUGGUUUUGGCUUACGACAAAUACUGCACCAACAUUCUGCGAUUAGUAAGUCUUGCCAAACUCAGAGCAGGCGUGAUCGGCUGGGUACCAACUUUGGCCAUGCCGCCGAUCAUCGAUGCACCUCUAUCUUGCCGAAUAUCACAAUCAAACAAUCAAACAAUCAAACAUUCCCCUUGA